AUGAAAAUAGAAAAAAUUUCAUCCAUUUUACAAAUAAUUCCACUUCGUAUUCUUAUAUCCUAUGAUCAUUGUUAUCGUCAAAUUAAUUUUCUUUCUUCAUAUCUUAAUUUUCAUUCUCAUCAAGUUAUUUCAAUAAAAAUUUAUGAUACAAUUCGUGAUUAUUCAUCUAUUAUUAAUUUAUUAUUUAAUCGACAUUAUUUUAUUAAUCUUCAAUCAUGUAUAUUUUUUUCAAUUAAGCCUUCAACAAAACUUGAAAAUGUUAUUAAACAAUUAAAGCAUCUAAAUAGACUUGUUUCAUUUAGUAUUCGUCAACCACGUCAGAAAAAUCUAAAUGAAAAUGAUAAAGAUGAUUUAAUUCGAACAUUAUUUAUGCAUAAGUCAUCUUUCCUUCGUUCAAUUAUUUUUCAAUUUCCUUAUAAUUACUUAAAUAUAUCAAAUUAUAAUUCAAUAUCUUCGAAUAUUUUAUCACUUCUUUUAUGGUUUUCUGGUUCACCAUCAACUCUAUCUGUUUAUUCAAUUUUACCAAUUCUUCGACUUUGUUAUACAAUUCGAUAUUUGACUAUAGCAAUAGAACAUGAGGAUUCACUUGAAAAUAAUCAUAUCAAUUUUUCAAUUCAACCACCAUUGAUUAAUGAAAAUCUUCUUCCUACAUUAUCACUAGUGAAAUCUUUUUAUUUAGCAAAUCUUGCUAGAUGUGAUAUACGUUCAAUUUCUUAUAUAUUACGUUGUAUGCCUAAUCUUAUUCAUUUUAAUUUUAAUCUCAUGAUACCAAGUGCAAUAUGGCCAUUUCCUCAUGAAUUGCUCAAUGGUUAUGUAUGGCAACAAAUGUUAGAAUUUUAUAUUCCAUGUUUAUCGAAAUUUGAAUUUCAUAUGUCGAUUAUAAAAAGAUAUCCAAAAUUAGAUUUAGAUUUUGUUGUCCAUUCAUUUGAAUAUUUUUCUCAAAAAUAUCCUAAUUGGAAUAUGAUUAUCGAUCGAUGGAGACUUUAUCGUGGAAAUCCAGUUAAUUUUCUUGAAACAAAUAAUAAUAGUGAUGCACAACAAAGUGUUAAUUGUUUAUCACAUUUUGUUCAUUUAUCCAAUAUAACUCAAAUAGAAUUUCUAUUGUCGUUUGGUACAUCUCGAUGUCAAGAUAUUCAAUUUAUAUUACAAGCAUGUCCAAAUGUGAUGGAUCUUAUAAUUAGUACUGAAUAUUUACUUUCAUGA